AUGAAGAAAACUCGCUUACCGGAAACUAGGUUAAACUCGCUAUACUCGGAUUUCAGACCACUUAAGGAGUUAAACCCUGAAGGGUUCCAUGCGAACGUGAGAACUUGGAAGGAUUAUUUGCUAAAAACUAUUUGUCAUGAUAGGCUAACGAUAAAAUGUGGAAGAUCGCUCUUAGAAAGCCUCAACUUGAUGCAAUUUGGAGUGCCUCAAAGCAUUGAUGUAGUGCUUGAUGAGUUGGUUAGUGAGGGUACUUUGAUUCCCCUGGAGGACUUUGUACAAGGUAAGCAGAAUAUAUUUUUAUCAUCCUUGAGAUGGGCUUUAAGGAAAACCCCCAUUUUGCCUCCUUUCCGAAGUAGAAUAUCUUCUAAGGGCUUUUAUUUAAAAGAGGUCGAGUUGGUCGCAGUACCUUCUUUGGAGGAGAAAUAUGAAAUUGUCAUGGAUAAGAUCAAAUCUUCAAUUUAUAGUCAUUCCAACAAAUUCUCUGACCUGAUAUUCACGAAGGAUGAUUUCUGCCGUAGAGUUCAAAUGAAUGACUUUUUAAAUGAUUGGGCUGAGUUUGAAAUAAUGUUGACAUAUUUACAGCUGUUCAAGAGGGAAAUUGUCGUGGACAAUAAUGUUAUUAAAAUGUGUGGAAGAGGUGCCGGGAAUUUGGUCAGCAAUUUUGAGCCCAAUAAGAUAACUGAAAAUGAUAGAAGCAUAGCAUCUCUGAAAUCAGUCACAUGGAGAUACAAAAGUCAGAUUUCCAAUUUAGAAGAGAGUAUUGCACAUUAUUCACAAGUUCUUGAAGGUGAUAUUGAAAGCGGACGCCCCAAAGAAUUACAACGAGUUCACCUUCGAAUUAAAAAGAUGCUUGAGAAAAAUUUACUCAACUCAUACAACAAUCUACAUAAUAUCCAGAAAAUGAGGAAUUCUAUCGAAGCAGCCCUUGACGCAGUUACACUAUAUGAGGUGCUCCAACAAUCCAAAGGAGCCAUUAAGACCAUCUCGGAGGAGUUAGGAAGUGUUGAAAAAAUUGAGAAAACUCUCAUUGAGAGUGAAGAUGAGAUGUCGAAAAUUGAAGAAAUCAGCAACGUACUGACGGUAGGCAGGGAUAAUGAAGACGAAAUCGAUAAAGAACUGGAAAAUAUGGGCAAAGAGCUAAAGAAGGAACAAGAAGCCUUGAAUAAACUUGCCAAACUUCAAAUAGGGAAAGAUGAAGUAGGCAAGUCGACAGAAGAAGCUGAUGAUAUCAUAGACUCAAAAAGUGAAAGUCAGGCUGUACCUCUAGCAGGCUGA